CAACUUCUGGAACUGUCCAAAGAAUGGCCUUAUCACACCGCCUAUGCAUCCGAGUUAAUGCAGCCCGGAGUACACUGGUUUGUAUUGGCUGGGGCCGAAGGUGCGCCGCUGAGGCUAGAGCUGAGUGUCGGACAUCCUGCGCUUUGGGUUCGCCUUCAUGUUUGGUCUCAUUCUUGGAGUUCAUCAUCAAUUGUCUCCUGCCGCUUCAUCUCGUCGCUGUGCUCUGGUUUCAACACAUUCCGUCCUACUGUGGAGACUCAUUUUGCCCUCCACGUCUUCUAUUGAGCCACGCAAAAGUAUAAAUAACCUCUGAUCCUGUUGCAUCUCUCAGAGCACUGCCCUUUUUGAACAGAGGUACAGUAGUACACCGGACACGAAAUCAUUCACCCACGAGUCACCGGUCUUAUCGUCUUCCCCUAUGAGCCUGUCAGCAGAGACCAUCAUCGCUCUGUUAGCCUUGCUGAUUGCUUGCGUGCCUGGUUUAUGGUUCAUCGUCAAACACAACGCUAGCAUCCGCCGAUGGUGGAGCAGUAAUCAGGGACAACGUCUCCGACCCACUGCUUCCCAGACUCCCCGGUACCAUGACAGAGACUCGGAUCAUUUCUACAAUCUCGGCUCGUCCCGCCGGAUCCCCCACUCUCGAUCGACCCAAAAUCAUCAAACCACCUUGCCAUUCUUCCAAUCCUACGAUCCCAUGCUCUACGGAAGUAUUCCCGUCCGAACAGGGUCCACGCCUCAGCAAUUAGAAGCGACUUUCAUGUACUAUCAAGCAGUACGUUCGUUUUCGGUCAACUCAAAGCGUGGAUAUCAUGCGUUACCUUAGUGCUGAUUCUCUGGCACCAAUGAACAGAUCAUCGACGUGGUCCCGCACAGGGAGGAGCCUUUUGCAGGUGUCUACGAUAGAUGUGAGAGUCGAUGAGGCUGUUUAUCGUGGGAGCUGGGUUCCGUGUCUCGAUCGAUGUUUCAUUUUUCAUUUUGUCUUCCCCCCCCCAGAGACCCGCUGCUUGUGAUGUUUGAUCUAUACCCCUUCCUCAGCCAGACCCUCUCUACCUCGCCAAGCAUUGAGGUGGGAGGAAUUGCAGCACGAGGGCAUGGCUGGCGUAAUG